AAUGUGCCAUAUCAAAACGAAAUACAGAUUGGAAGCAAUAGCGCAACGAAAAGUUGAAGUGUUCGAUUGAAAAUUUAAAGGCACUGGUACCGACUAGUGGCGUCACUAGUGCCGGGAAUUUGGAAGCGGAGGGCGCAGUAGGGUGGAUGUAUGAGUUGCUGGUAUCAGGAUGUCAUUGUGGGUGGGCAGCGGCGGCGGCGCGGAGCUUCGCCCGCCGACCACCACCGCCGCGCUCAUGUCGACCAACACGUCAAUGGAGUCGGGCAUCGAGGCCGGGGUGCUGCCCACCGUCACUGGGUCCCUCGCCUCCGCCCGGGACUCCCUCGGGUCUCUCUCCCGCGCCGCGGAGCCCAUGUACGACACCGACCACACAGAUCUCGGAUCCGAACUUGACGAAGCCGAGAUCAGGAGGGAGUUGAUGCAUGAUAAAUGGCGGCUGCUGUUCGAUAGGUUCGAUCCGGAGGGCUUCGGAGAGAUCCCGUGGCCGGACUUCUUACAGACCCUGGAGCACCCAGACUUCAUAGCACAGGUGCCGCCUCAUAAACUGGAGAUCCUGCUGGACAAAGCUCGGAGUGCCACGAGCGACGCCAUCACGUUUCAGGAGUUCGUCAAUGUGCCCGCGGCGUUCGCUGUGGUCGCCGACAUGACCACAUCACGCGCCGACAAUCGCACCCGUCCGAAAUAUCACCCGCUGCACAAUAUACCACUGAUUACGAUGGACGAUAUGAAAAAGAACGAGCUGCACAUUACACAUAACAUCCACAUCUCAAAGGAAACGUAUAAACAAAGUGAAGAGUAG